AAGUUGCCAAUGGAAGAAGAUGAUGGAGAAGGUGUACGGUCCAAACUACGCUUCCCCAAAAAGGGUGGUUAUGUGUCUGAUGGAGAAGCAGAUUGAUAUUGAGGCGGUGAUUCUUGACAUCUUCAAGGGAGAGCACAAGGAUCUUGACUUCGUCAAAUUGCAGCCAUUUGAUUUGCUUCCUGCUGUUCAAGACGGAGAUUAUACUCUCUAUGAAUCCAGAGCCAUAAUGAGGUACUAUGCAGAGAAGUACAAAUCCCAAGGAACUGAGUUGCUGGGGAAGACAAUAGAAGAGAGGGGACUUGUGGAACCAUGGUUGGAAGUGGAAGCCCAGAAUUUCAAUCCACCAGCCUACAACAUGAUCCUUCAUGUUCUGUUUGCUCCAUUAUUGGGAGUCAAGUCUGAGGCAAAAGUGAUUGAAGAGAGUGAAGAGAAGCUUGGGAAGGUUCUGGACAUUUAUGAGGAGAGGCUGUCAAAGAGGAAGUAUUUGGCUGGGGAUUUCUUCAGCCUUGCUGAUCUUAGCCAUCUUCCUUAUGGCCAUUUUGUGGCCAAUCAGAUGGGGAAAGGCAUUUGAUAAGGGACAGGAAGCAUGUGAGUGCUUGGUGGGAUGAUAUCAGUAAUAGGCCUUCUUGGCUAAAGGUCCUCCAGCUC